AUGGAGGUUAGCUACCGACCGCAGGCACAGCUUCCACCUUCCCCGAGGCCAGCCGGCCAGUGCCGGGUCUGAUUUAAUAUGGAAUCACCCAGCCACUGGCGCCUGCUGAAGGCCCUGGAUGGGUACUUCAAUCUCACCAUGUCCUACCACAGAGACUCGGACAUCUUCAUGUGAUGUGGCUGGCUCGAGCCAUGGCCUGGCCAGCUGGCCAACGCAUGGGUCAAACUCUCAGUUAAGACAGAGCUGGUGACCUGAGUAGUGUCCAGUUGGAAAAAGAGUUUGACCAGAUAUUUUAUUCACCUCGAAGUGGACAUGCACGAGCUCUCCCACAAGCCAUUGCCCCGCGGCAUGACCGAGUGGCUAUCCCAGUACAAGUUUUACCUGGUUUUUGGGAACUUGCACCCCAACUACGUCAGGGAGAAGCUAUGGAAGAAUGCCCUGCAGGCCUGUACCAUGCCCAUGGUGUUGGGCCCCAGCAGGAGAAACUAAUUUCUGCCGCUCGACACCUUAACCCAUGUGGACAACUUCCAGAGCCCCGAGGAGCUGGCCCAGUAUCUGCUGGUGCUGGACAAACACCACGCUGGCUACCUGAGUUAGUUCCGCUGGUGGGAGAUGCCGCAGCCUCGAUACCUCAGGCGGGCCCUGAUGUUCUGUAAGGCCUGCUGGCAGCUGUACUAG